UCAUGUUCCAGUUCAGGCUCGUCACAUAAAACCAGCAGCACUCUUUGUUUACAACAGAGUGAAGUAGAAGCUGCCCUUCUCAGUGCGAUAUUAAAAAGUACUUCUUAUCUUUGUGUUGGAUAUCCCAGAUACGCAGAUAUGGUGGCUAUGGGGAAGCGAGUAAAAACCUUCCAAAUUGUCUUUUCGGACCCCAGCAAGACUUUUUACUGCGGCGGGGACAAAGUGUCUGGCCGGGUAGAAGUGGAAGUUAACGAGGUGACGCGCGUGUCCGCGGUGAAGCUUCUGGGUCUCGGCUGCGCUAAGGUGGAGUACGCUAAAGGCAAGCAGCGGUGCCGACAGGAGGCCGAGUACCUCCGAUACGAAGAGGUGCUGUUACUGGAGGAGCAGCCCACAGACUCUGAUGGAUCAGUGGUCCUGAGGCCUGGCAACAAAUAUGAGUACAUCUUUGGAUUUGAGCUCCCCCAGCAAGGGCAGCUGGUGUCGUCAUACAAGGGGAAGUUUGGCUAUGUCCAGUACUACGUGAAGGCCCUGAUGGAGAGGCCACAGCAGCCCACUCUCGAGUGUAAGAAACCCUUUGAGGUGGAGGAGCCCCUGGAUGUCAACACCCCAGACCUGCUGUCUCCCACAGGUGGCAUGAAGGAGAAGAAAGUCACCUGCAUGUUCAUCCCUGACGGCCAAGUGUCACUGAAUGCUAAAAUUGACCGGCGUGGCUUCUGUGAAGGUGAAGACAUCUGUAUCAACGCAAAGUUUGAGAACACCUGCUCCCGCAUUGUGGUGCCCAAGGCCGCCAUCAUCGCCAAACACACCUACCAGGCCAACGGACGCACCAAGGUCUUCCGCCAGAAGCUGUCUUCGGUGCGUGGCAACCACAUCAUCUCCGGCAUGUGUGAUGCCUGGCAGGGAAAGACCAUUAGGGUGCCAAAGAUGAAACCAUCGAUGCUGAGCUGUAACAUAAUCCGUGUGGAGUAUGCUCUCAUGAUUUACAUCCACAUCCCCGGGAGUGAGAAGCUGAUCCUGGAGCUGCCUCUGGUCAUUGGUACUGCUGGUCUGGGUAGCCGCAGCAACAGCGUGAGCAGCCAGGAGGGUUCAGUCAGCAAUGGGUCCCAGAGCUGGGUGUCCCUCAGAAUGCCCUCUGAGCCUCCCAGCUACUGUGACAUCACCCGCGACUGCCGCCUUGACCAGCCCCUCACGCCGCUUCUGGACGACUUUGACGGUGACGACAGCCCCAUCUUCAUGAAUGCUCCACCCUUCCAGUUCCCGCCACCUCCUGCAUACACUGAGGCUGAGGAGGAGUACAAUGGCAACGCUCGCAUGCUGCCGGUCUGCUGAAGUCAAGCAGGGACUUUAGAACUGUGGUCCAGCUCUCAGGGACUGUUCAUCUAAAGCACUUGAAAAGGAGCAGAAGGUCCAAACUCCAGAGAAGAUGUGUUGGAUGGAGAAAUAAAGCCAGGACUGAGGAAAUGGACAGAAAGAGGCUCCCUACUUUGUCUGCUGUCUUCACCGUGCUACGCUGAUCUUGAGUCUUCCUCCUGGUGCACUUCAGGUCAUGGACUUGGAGGCACGCUAUAUUUCUGAAUAAGCUGUCCCUUCCAGAGACUCACACUUUUAGGGUCUCACUGUCCAUUCACAGCCACUUUAUGACUUUGUUUUUGGGGCCAAGCAUAGUAUGAGUCAGUCCCCAGCCUGCUGUGACCUCUUUGCUUUUUUGGGGGUUUUCUUUCCACAUGAUGCUUUGUCAUUCCUGUCAAACUCUGUAUGUUCAAAGGAUUUCACUUUUUGUUAAGUCUAGUCAGUUUGUGUUGUAGAAGAGAAUUUGUCAGGAGUAUUAUUGCCUGUGAGAAUUACAGCAUGUAGAAUAAUCUUCCUUGGAUGCUAAUAGAACCUCGUGCGGCAUUCAUAGUUUUCUUAUGUACCAGUGUUUGAAAAAAAUGUGGUUUGUUCCUAUAUUUUAUUGCACUUUUUGAUUGAUGCAUUUUGCUCUACUACUGCCUGCUCAAGUUUCUGUUUGUUAUGUUUGAACAAUGUUUGAUGUGGAGAGUGAAGAGAGCUUGGCGGUUGGCUGUAAAGACUAACAUGCAAACAUGAUGCAAACAACAAACAUGCUCUGAUAUUGUGAAACGCACCUUAUGUGAGGAUAAUCAUUGUAUCUGAUUUGAUGACAUUUCACUGGUGGUUUCACUGCUUCUCUUUUAGGGCGCAAAGACAAUCACUGUUAAAGACUGAUUUGUGGGAAGGUAUGUUUGCUAUGCAUCCUUGAUACUUAUAACAAGUAUUUUUGUAUGAAACCCUAUGGGUUAUUUUUUUUAUUAAAGAAAUAUUUAAAAAUA